AUGGAGCGGGUGGAAAUUGCUCUGUACGACCCGCGAAGACGGCAGCGCAGGUCCGCGACCAGCACUCAGCCAGGAGCGCCAGCCGCCCCCGGGCGGCGGCACCGCGGCGUCACGAUAUUCUGGGACGGGCGCGGCCAGCAGUACAGUGUGUGGGACUGCGCGGUCGCCCGCCUCCAGGCGGCGGAGUCAUGGCGCGCGGCGACGACGCCGCCUGAGCAGCAGCCGCCGCCGCCGCCGCCCCCGCACGCCGCCACGGCGUCCCCACGCGACUACCAGCCGCCGCCGCCGCCGCACCACGACGACUCCCAGGGCACGACGCGCUCCUCCCUCUCCUCGGGCUCGCCACCCGCGACGCCGCCCCCGCACGCCGCCGCCGCCCCCGCCGGCAUGCUCGACUUCGCCAACGGGUCGCCGCACGACGCCGCCGCCGCCGGCCACCUGCCGCCGCCCGGCUCCGUGCUGUCCUUCCUCAACCUGAACGUGGAGGGGCGGGGCGGGGCCGCCCCCGGCGGCGGGCCCGGCUUCGUGCUCGGCAGCCAGCCGCUCGCCGCGCUGCACACCAUGGCCGAGAUGAAGUCCGCGGCCGCCGCCUCCAACCCGCACGGCAUCGACCACAUCCUGAGCAGGCCGCCGCCCCUCACGGCCGCCUCCGCGGCGCCCGCCGCCGCCUCGCUGCCGCGCGCCUUCAACAUGGCGGCGGCGGCGGCCGGCAUGGCGGCGGCGUCCUACUUCCACCACGCGGCGGCGGCGGGCAAGCCGCCCCACCACCACCACCACCACCACCACCACCCGCUGGCCGAGCUGACGAGCAGGAGCGCCAUCUACUGGCCCGGCCUGCAGGGCCUCGUCAGCAACCCCAUGGCGUGGCGCGACCGCCUCUCCGCCAGUGACAUGUCCAUCGUGGACAAGGACGGCAAGAAGAAGCACACGCGGCCCACGUUCAGCGGCCAGCAGAUCUUCGCGCUGGAGAAGACCUUCGAGCAGACCAAGUACCUGGCGGGGCCGGAGCGGGCCAAGCUCGCCUACGCGCUCGGCAUGACGGAGUCGCAGGUCAAGGUGUGGUUCCAGAACCGGCGCACCAAGUGGCGCAAGAAGCACGCCGCGGAGAUGGCGACGGCGAAGCGCAAGCAGGAGGAGGCGGAGGGGCUGGCCGACCUCGCCGACGGCAGCGACCGCGACGACGAAGACCACCACCUGUCGUCGUCCCGGGGCAACGCCGCCAAGCGACUGCGGCGGGAGCUGGCGGCAGAGGAGGAGCUGGCGGGCCGCCAGUGA